AUUGAAGCCUCUUCAAAGUCAUUGGUGUUUAGACGCGAUGGUUAUAUCUUGUAUAGUUGGGGGCCAAAACCAGCCUUGUUUAUUAGCCCCACCACACAUCGCAAUGGUUUGUUUUCAUGAUACACCAUCGUCGCCACCGUUUCGACAAGCUUGCGGCACAUAUCGGUAAGCGGAUUUAUGAGGUCUCGCGAAUAUCAUGGGCGUCAGGAAUAAAAUAGAACGAGCAAAGGGCUAUUUGCGGGGGGAGUCCAGAUAUGAUCCUCAUGGAGCACCAGGUGUUGUUGAACAGCUAGCAAAAUGGAGCAUCGCACCUUCAACUGCUGCCGCCAUUAAUUUACAGGAGCCAACUGAAAACCCAGCUAACAUGGAUGCGGGAGUCAAAUAUCCAAGCGCUCCAGCGUAUCCGACGAACAUCCCAACUGUCCAGACUAAACUCAGGGGGACCAUAAAACCAGACGAGUGGAAGGACCUUUGGCUACAAGCAUAUAUCACUUCGAAAGUCCAGGAGCCGGAGUUGAUGGAAGAUUACACUCGAAUCCUUCUCCAUGAAUUAAAUACAACGUUCGGGGGAAACAAUAGCCGAAAUGCGCCAAUCUCCAACCAUACAUUAGUACAGUUAAUGAGGAAAAAGCUGGAUGGUUUUUCAAUUCCCUCCAGUCGAUCUGAGGAUAAGAUUGAGAAAGUUGUCAAAGUUCUGAUGGCAGCCAAGAGUUUUAUUGAUUUCGCUUUUCAGAGUGAACCACAUGCUGCUGUAGCUUGGGCUGGCGUCUCCAUGUUUCUCCCUCUUUUGAUCAAUCCCAUCACAGAGAAAGCGGGAUGUCGUGAAGGAUUAGAAAAGAUCCCACCACUCAUAGAUCGAUAUUCUCUCCUCGAAAUGUCUGUUUCAGACCCGACCAGCACGAAUGAAAACCGGAGCAGUAAAGUGAAACAGCAGCUGAAGAAAACUAUACUUCAACUAUAUACCAAAAUCUUACUUUAUAAAGCUCGAGUUUCGAAUGGACUCAACACCUCGCAGAAGGUCGAGGAUUACCAGGCUUGUUUUCAGUCAUUCCGGACAGGAAAUCUGUAUGAACUGCAAAAAAAUCAAAAUCCCUCUCGCAUUCCAGGAACGUGCAAAUGGGUGCUUGAACAUCCUACAUUUAUGGAUUGGAAGCAAGGAAAUGGGCCGGGUGUUCUCUGGAUUUCGGCAGACCCAGGCUAUGGCAAAAGUGUCCUUUCGAGAGCGCUUGUUGAUGAAAACCUUGUCGCAACAGAACAAACCACGGACGUAUGUUACUUCUUUUUCAAGGAUAUCUCGAAAGAGCAACGCAGCCUUACGAAAGCCCUUGCUGCCCUACUUCAUCAGAUAUUUUCAUCUCAAAAACACCUCCUGAAGUAUACAGAGCCUAGUUGGGCAAAAAACAAUAUUGAAAUCGCGAAUUCAGUGCAGGAAAUGUGGGCUAUCAUGGAGAACAUAGCUACGGAUCCAAAUGCAAGAAAUGUGAUAUGUGUGCUGGAUGCUUUAGACGAGUGCGAGUCUUCCGAGCGAGAUUACUUUCUUGAACGACUACAAAAAUUGUAUAAGAUUAGUGUACAUGACAGAGUCACUCGGUCGUCUAAUUUCGGUCUCUCCACUGACUCGCUUAUUUCAAAUUUGACUGCCGAUUCAAAGACUUGGGCGAACCAUACUGACUUACCACCACUGAAGGUGAAGUUUCUCAUCACCAGUAGGCCUUACUAUGAGAUUGAAGAGCAAUUUAAAAGUCUCACAAAUACAUUUUCAGGAAUUCGCUUGGCGGGUGAGGAUACUACGGCAAUGAUAAAACAGGAAAUCAAUCUUGUUAUUGAUGCUGAAGUGGAUAAGCUCAAACUUCCCCCGAAAACUAACACUUGGCUCCGCUCUCGACUAAAAGACACAGAACAUCGAACCUAUCUCUGGCUAUAUCUAAUCAUGGAUACGAUACGCCAUAGCGCUAUAGCUUGUAGUCAGGAAAAGAUCUUUAGAAGAAUAUUAGACGCUGAAUUACCUUCUACAAUUGACGAGGCCUAUGAGGCGAUUCUGCGUAAGAGUCCAGAUAAGCAAGAAGCUACCAAAUUACUCCAUAUUGUAGUUGGGGCCGAGCGACCUUUAACACUAAACGAGCUUAAUAUUGCCCUCAAUAUAGACAAGUGCUACGACGGAUCUCAAUCUUUCGAAAAUAUUGAGCUUGAAGACCCCGGAAUAUUCGCCAGACGGAUUCGAAGACUUUGCGGUCUUUUUGUUUCCAUAUCCAAUUCGAGAGUAUAUCUCAUUCACCAGACCGCAAAAGAGUUCCUCAGGUCGAAAGACUCAAGUCCUGCACCGACCGGCUGGAAACAUAGCUUGAGUCGACUAGAUUCUCAUUCAAUCUUAGCUGAGAUCUGUGUCUCUUAUCUCUAUCUGAAAAUGUUCUCAGAAAACAACACUAAACACCAGUGCUUUAUAAAAUCGCCCGAAGGCCAGCCACACAUCUCAAAUGAAGGUCGAUUCAUGUUUCUCAAAUAUGCAUCAGAUUAUUGGAUGAAGCAUUGGGACAUAUCUCCUUCUGAUAUCGAUAUGCCAACAAUCAUCGAAUUAUGCUCACCAUCAGUUCGGCGCUCAAUCUGGCUUCGGGCUUGUUUGGGAGGAAAACACCCCCCAAAACACCUCCAGGACAUCGCCUGUACAAUUUCGGAAUUACUGAAACUAGACGAUUUUGAUAAAGUAAACGCCAUGUCAACGCUCAUGAUAACGUCAUGUCUUGGCCUUAUCAAUGUUUCUAGAGCUCUUUUGGCCAGCCCAUUGUCACAUUCUGAAGCGAAUGAAUUGUGUAAAAGAGAAACCGCAUUAUCUUUGGCAAUACACAAGAAAGAUUAUAAAAUGAUAGAUUUCCUCAAAUCCUCCGUUGCCAAUACAGGUAGCAAUAGUUCCGACGAGAAUGUUCGAAUCGCUUUGGAAGUUGCUCUCAAGCAAAAAAACUCUGGUCGUUUGACUGUCUUAUUGAACAACGAAGCUAAAACACAUGCUGCAUUAAUUAUGGCCCUGGAAGAUUAUAUUCUCCACUGGAGCUCUGAACUUUUCGACUUCAUACUGAUGCACAAUGGACCACUUACGCCCUGUUUGAGGGUCCGACUUCUGAAAAUUGCAAUAUCAAACAAGAAUGUUGAAAAUGGUAUACGAGCUGUCAAAUUUGUGCUAGAAUGCCCUCACGAGCAGAGUGUGGAAGAAACAUUGCAAGAGCCCUUAUAUUGGGCACUGACGGGGCAUGUUCUUAAUGUCGGCAUUUGCUCAUUAAUCAUUAACGAUCCGACAAUACAUGACAUUGACAACUGUUGGGAACUCAACGAUCGUACUGGCAGUAGGCAGUCAAUAGUUCAUUAUGUUACUAGCCGCUGUUAUUCCCGCAGGCUUGAGUUCCGUCAGUACCCAAAUGAAGUAGCGCUCCUGAAAAUUCUAGGGGCUCGCGGUGCAUCCUUCGAUAGACACUAUAACGGUUCGACAUUUUUGUACGCAGCUCGUUAUAGCCAAGUUGAUUAUUUUCGGGUUUUUAUCCAAGGGAAUCCUAAAUUAGCAACGUUCUAUAUCAAUGGAGAUGGACUUCAUGUGACGCCUAUGGAAUUCGCAGCCAGCAAUCGUAAUUUUGAUAUGAUCAGGUGUCUUUUAGAGCACGGUGCGAAUAUCAACCGAAGUUUCAGCUUCAGAUUACCUUGCUUUGAAGAAGAUUAUUUUUCGGCUAUUUUGACUGCAAUUGAACAUGGAAAUGUUGACAGCAUGUCUGAAAUCAAGGUGAAAGGAGGAUUACUUGACACCCUGUCAAUUCAGCAAGUUCAGAAGCUCAUCGGUCAUGGUUUUGAUAUCAAUAUGAAAAUCAAGGGUCAAAAUCUUCUUUCAUAUGCGGCAUCUUGCGGGAAUGUCUAUCGGGUCCAAUGGCUAAUUGACCACGGAGCUGAUGUUGAUGGACGAUUUCAGAAUGAGCAAUCUAUUCUUUCGUCACCAUUAAUGGAAACGAUUUGGGGAUGCAAAAGUGCCACGGCCGCAUCAUUGAUUGUUAAGAUUCUUCUCAACCAAGGUGCAAACGUUGAUGGGCCUAGGUGUUACAAAGUACAUAAUGGUCCCAUCGUGGCAUCUUGUUCUCACCUUGCUAUUAUGAGGGACAGUGUUGGAAUCCUGCAAACUUUACUUGAACACGAUGCCGACGUGAACCUUCAUGGGAAUGACCAUGGAGUUCUUCUCAAAAAAGCAGCUGUCAACGGGCAGGUGCAGAUUGUCAAACUUCUCGUAUCUCUUGGAGCAGAUAUUGACAUUGUAGGAAAAGGCCCCCCGAUCUUACAUGAAGCUAUAUUCAAUCGACAAAUAGAGGUCGUAGUCGCCUUGCUCGAUCUCGGUGCUUACAUAAACAUCGUUGACCAUACCCAACGCACACCUUUACAACUUGCAAAGGAUAUGCAUUAUACAGAAAUGGUAUCUCUGCUGCUGAGACGUGGAGCAUUAUAA